AUCAAUAAAUGAAAAUUCGUUCGUUUCGGAUUUUGAAUAUUUUCAAAAGUAAAAACGUUCUAGCAUUUUCGAAUUCGAUUAAAAUUCUAAGCGCAAAUCGAAAGUAAGUGAAAAUGGAAUUUGUGAUUAAAAGAACCAAGAGAAGAAUUAAUGAAGCUGAAGAAAAGCACGACGUCAUCGGGAAGAUUUUAAACGUCGGGACAGUUCCGAAGACAAAAGAUAAUAACGUUAACUUAUUGAAAAGCAACGUUAUACUCUCUCCUUUGGUCAAUCAGGAGUUAUUGUCUGUAUCUACCGAUAUAAGAUAUGGAGAAGUCAAGGGGGACAAAAUAGUGGCAAUACCGAAGAACGUUUGCUUCCAGGAAAUUUUUCCACCCAGACCGGGAUUCGGGUUCGCUGGUAGGAGAAUGAAGAUCGUAAGUAACUUCUUCGAAAUGAAGAUAGACAAGAAUUAUAUUUACCAUUACGACGUGGAUAUUAUCCCUCUGCAAAAGAAUAAGAAACGGUCCGUAACUUAUAAAAGAUACAACUGUCUCGACACCAGAGAAAACAGGAGAGUAAUUGAUAGUCUUUUGACAAAUUUUCAAUUAUUUCGAGACUAUCCCGUCGCCUUCGAUGGAAAAAAGAAUAUGUUCAGUUGCAAUCUAAUGCCCAUCGAAGAACAGAAGACGUUCUCCGUAUCGUUAAAGAGCAAUAAGGGAAUAUGCGAUUAUAACGUAGUUUUAAAACCUGUCUGUAAAGAUAAAAUGGCUCUUCCGAGAAUCGAUCUAGAACCUCUUCGAGGAAGAAACCUCAGAAAUUCCGAGGAGGCCAUCAUGGCCGUCGAUACCAUCAUGCGCCACGGACCUGCAAAAUCUCUGAUACCUAUCGGCAGGUCAUUUUUUUCUUCCAGCGAUAAAGAAAGGAUUUCGAUGGGAGGAGGUCGAGAAAUCUGGUUCGGUUACCACCAGAGCGUUCGCAUAGCUCAGUGGAAACCCAUGCUGAACGUCGACAUAUCGGCUACCACGUUUUAUAAAAGCGGACCGUUGAUAAAUUUUAUCGAAGAAGUUCUAAAUACUAACGUCAAACAGGACAGAGAGCUCAACGUUCGCCAGAUAAAAAUACUUCAAAAAGAGUUGAAGUCUCUGAAAAUUACAGUUAAUCACUUGCAAUACAAAAAGACAUACAAGAUUAACAGCGUUACCAGCAAACCCGCAAGAUUCGUCUACUUCACUUGGGAACGAGAAAAUUUGCCAUUUCAGAUCUCUGUUCUUGAUUACUUCAAGGUGCAAUACGGGGAACUUCGAUACUCGCAUCUUCCAUGCGUUUGUGUGGGAAAUACAACCAAAUGCUCUUAUUUCCCUGUCGAAGUUUGCGAAGUUUGUCCGGGUCAACACUGCAAUAAGAAGAUGGACGAUAAGCAAGUGGCAGAGAUGAUACGAAACACUGCCAGAUCCCCGCAAGUUCGAUUUAAUGACAUCGCGAAAGCCAUUAAACAGACUUGUGAAGAAAACAAGGAACUUAAUCGGAAAUUUGGCAUUGCCAUAAACAGUCAACCGGUGCGUGUAGACGGACGAGUGUUAAUGCCACCUAUGGUCAUGUACGGCCAAUUCGAAGAAAUUCUUCCAAAGAACGGCGCUUGGGAUCUGAGAGAGAAGAAUUUCUAUCAUUCCAUCGAAGUAGAAUGGUGGGCGUUUGUCAGCAUGUCUUGGAAUGUCUGCAAGGAAACGGACAUGUUAAAUUUUGCUCGGAUGAUCUGUCAAGGAGGGAAAAAAUUUGGCAUGAUUAUUAACAAACCCUGCUACGUAAGAGAAUAUUCCCCGGCCAACGAUUCUGUAGAGAGACUUUUCAAAAGCAUAGUAUCUUCAUGUCCCAGGAUUCAGUUGAUCAUGAUCGUCCUCCCAUCUCGAGGAAGAGGAAGCGUCUACGCCGAAAUUAAAGAAAUGGCGGAAAUAAAGAUGGGACUAAUCACCCAAUGCGUUAAAGACGUGAAUAUUUCGGGCAAGAAGUGUAACGCCCAAUUAAUUUGCAAUCUGUGCCAAAAAAUCAACGCCAAAUUGGGUGGAGUUAACAACAUCCUGUCGCCGAUAGUCAACCCUGAGAUUUUCAACAAACCGGUCAUCGUCAUCGGUGCCGAUUGCACCCAUCCUUCGCCACAUGACAAAAUCAAAUCAUCUAUUGCAGCUUUGGUGGGAAGUUUAGACAAUUAUCCGAGUAGAUACGCCGCAACCGUCAGCGUGCAGAAGAACGGCAAAAAGAACAGAAUGGAGAUCAUCGAGAACAUGAAAGAGAUGAUGAAAGACUUAUUAAUCUCGUUCUAUCGAAACACCGGAGGACAAAGACCCGAAAAAAUUAUAUUCUACAGAGACGGAUUGAGCGAAGGUGAAUUUUCUAAAGCAGUGAAUAAAGAAUUGAUGCUAAUGCGCGAUGCCUGCACAGAAAUGAAUCCUUCGGAAGUAUACGAACCACCCAUUACUUUCGUCGUGGUGGGCAAACGACACCACACUCGUUUCAUACCAGAAAAUUUGGAAGACGGAGUGGGAAAACAUCGGAAUAUCCCCCCGGGCACCAUCGUGGAUACUGACAUCGUCCAUCCCUCUCACUUCGAUUUUUUCAUCUGCAGCCACACCGGCAUUCAGGGCACCAGCAGGCCCGCCCAUUACACGGUGUUGUGGGACGAUAACAAUUUUACAGCCGACGAGUUGCAAACCCUGUCGUAUUACUUGUGCCAUACUUACGUCAGAUGCACUCGAAGCAUUUCCAUCCCGUGCCCUGUUAUGUACGCUCAUCUGGCAGCCUACCGUGCCAAACAGCACCUGAUGUCCAGAUGGGAAGAUACGGGCUGCAACAGCGAUUCCAAUUCUGACCUUUCCGAAGAACAGGUGUUAUUAGAAAACAGCUUCAAAUAUGCAGUCGAAGUCGAUCCCAAGAUCAGAAAUUCCAUGUAUUUCAUUUAAGAAUUUCUUGUAUUGGCUGCCAUGUUGCUUUGUUUAUUCAAACGUUUUUCAAGUUCUUUUCAAAUUAUAUUUUAUUUAAACGUCAAAACUGUUGAGUUGCAAGUUAAAAUUGAUUAAAGUUUCAGUUUAUCUCCACAUUUUUGAUAGUAGUGGUUUAUUAGAAUAUUAGAAAAAUAUCUACAAAAUUUUUUAAAAAAAGAAAUGUCAAAGGUCGUAUUUAAUCAGCUAGGAGAUCCCAAAUCGAGUAACACCAGGAAUUUUUCAAGCUGCCUUGAUUAUCAUCACACGACCCCUUUGUAGACCUGAAAAAAGGCCCUAAUCU